GCUAUCUUAUCUAUUCAGACGAGUCGAUAGAGAUACAUGUUCAGCACGUUUUAGUCUGUUGUACGUCAGUGACCAACACAAUAAGAAGGUUACAUUUCAAGAUGAGAGCUACGAUUCUUCCAGCGCUGGUGGUCAUUGCAUUCGGUCAGCACCAUACCGUGUGGGAGCAAGUGUUCAUGUCUAUAGAUCUGGACCACGACGGCCAGUUCUCUCUGAAGGAGUUCCACGUCAUCAUCCCCAAGUUCGACAUCAAUGGUGACGGACUCAUCUCAGAGGCGGAGUUCAUGAGCGUGUGGGAUCACGCUACCGCCGCAGCUCACGAUCUGGCACGCGAUGACUCUGCGGGGAGGAAGCUGUUCAAGAUGGAGGACCACGACCAUAACGGCAGUCUAACCAUGACAGAGGCUAUGAACAUCUUUACAACUGCCUUUGAUUCAAACAGUGAUGGUAUGAUUACCAAACAAGAAUUCAAGAUGGCAUGGUUUAAAAUUCAUGACCAUGGUGGACAUGUGCCCACGGGAACGUCCAUUCUUGGAUAAGAAGAUCAAAUAAAUGUACAACAUGUUUAA